AUGGAAAAUUUUCUCUUCAAAAAGCCUCUGGACAGAUUGGUGGCCAACCCAGACAGCAUCUAUAUAAUAUGCAAAGAGAAUACAAUCGCAGCACUCAACGGCAUCAAGUUCGCUUCAAUGUUUCCUGACCAUGUUCCCGGCCAUGUUCAUGACAUCCAGGAGCUUUCCCCUGAUGAGCGCACUCUCUCCGCGCAGAAGUGCCGCAAAUAUCUCCACCAUAUAGCCCAAGCCGCAAUAUGGAUCACCUACGUCUACUUUGCGGUCCGGUUGUUCUUCGUGGUGAUGACCCCGGAACAAACAUGGAAAAUGUGGGGAAUGCUUGGUGUUGAGAGUCUAUUUGCCCAUAUAUCCCUGAAGCACCAACGCUUGUCAUUGGCAGCAACGAAGUCUUCACUUGAUUCAACACCCUGCAAGAGAUUAUGCAGCUCCGAAAAUCUCCCCAGAGUGGAUGUGCUCGUCACCUGCUGCGGGGAGCCAGUCGAGAUCAUCCUAGACACAGUCCGCGCAGCAUGUGCUUUGGACUACCCAGCUUCUCGGUUCCGAGUCCGUCUCCUGGAUGACGGAGCAUCGACUGACCUGCGCGACGCGAUUGCAAAGCUGUCCUUGAAAUGGAGUCACCUCUCCUAUCAUACCCGCGGCAAGCAAUCCGGUCAAUCUUUUGCAAAAGCAGGAAAUCUCAACUACGCCUUGUUCUCCCUACAGACCGAGGACCCACCGGAGUUCUGUUCAGUAGUCGACGCAGACUCCAUCCUCAUGCCGGAGUUCCUACGCGCAACACUGCCUCAUCUACUCGCUGACCCCGAGGCCGCGCUACUAACCACGCGCCAGUAUUUCUACAAUCUACCUCGUGGCGAUCCCCUCUCUCAAUCACGCGCGUACUUCUAUAAUUGUGAGAACACCGAGCUCGAUCUUCUUGGCCAUGCGCUGGAUGCCGGUUCUGGUGCGGUCUUCCGUCGUGAUGCGAUUCUGGAGGCGGGUGGAUAUCCGACGUAUUCUUUCUCCGAGGAUUGGCAGUUGUCACUGAUCCUCCGAGGACUGGGAAAACGCACGAUGCAAGUGCAGGAGGUUUUACAGUUUGGAUUGGUUCCGACUUCUCUUGCUGGGCAUCUCAAGCAGCGCAAUCGGUGGCAUAUUGGUCACUCUCAGCAGAUUUCCGUUCUGUUUCCUUCGGUGAACAAGGCAAUUCCAGAGCAUCUGCGUUGGGAUAUCGCCCUUGGGGGACUGUCUAUCAUGGCUGGUCUUUUGAGUUAUUCCAUCGGCUUUUUUGCUCUGCCUGUCCUUCUUGUCUCCGAUGGUGGUUUCAUUCCUGCGGGAUCUUCACUUGAAGUCAAAACCCAGCUUGUGCUGGCGAUCGCUCAUGUCGCUUCUACGUGGGCCUACGAUUGGGCUCGCAGUGCUCACGCGGGCGUUCCAUUUGCGCCAUUUGCUCAUGCAGAGAACAGUUGGCUUGCUGCUGCUCAUUUGUAUGCCGUCACUCGAUUCCACUUAUUCGGAAGCAAGCCAAAGGGCUCAUUUGUUACCGGAAGUACUGCCAACUCGAGCGAAAACGCUACAUCAAUCUCGUCAGUCCAAAGGGCAUACCGGGAUACUCUUCAAAGCGGUAUUUUGUUCAAUGUGUGCCUUUUCAUCGGAACCAUUGGGGCCAUGGUCUUUGCAGUCGGGACGGUCAUCACUGCACCUGGAUGGACAAUUCCAAGUGUGCUCACCACAAUCGCCUGGCCACCAUUGCUGCAUUUGUUCUUGUUAGCGAUUGUCAACAAUUGGGUACCCAUCGCCCAUAUCUUCAACUCUCCGGUUUAUCACCCUAGAGACUCGAGGUUGGUCACCACAGAGCAGGGAAUAGCCUAUCCAAUCGCGGAGGUUGAAGGCGAACUGAGCUCCGAGGAUUCUUUGCUUGGACUCUGUUGCUCCUUCAUGGUACCACUUGUGCUCUUUGGUACGCUUAUGGGUGCACUAUUAUCUUAG